UCACUCGCUCUGGCUGGCUCCCCUUCUCUCUAUUUCCAUCUUUGAGCUUUAUCCCUUCAUCUCUGAUCUCCUUCAUCCGCCGCAAUCCUCAUCGGCGCCAGGAGAGCGGAGGAGGACUUGCGCACCGGCGACCAGUCAGUGGGGGGAGCGCCUCAGAGAGCAGCAGCAGCAGCAGCAGCAGUAGCAGCACCUUGGGAUUGUGACGUGCCCACUAAAGGAACGGACGUGUGAAAGACAGUUUCAUUACAGUUUCCUGUCGCCAUGGCAGCCGAGAAAGCUGAGAUGGAUGCGUUGAAAAAGGAGUGCGACGGGCUCCGGGCCAAAAUUGAGGCGGCGCGCAAGGCUGUCAACGACACGACCAUGACAUCGGCGGCGGGCAGCGUGGCCUCGGUGGGUCGCAUUCAGCUCAAGCAGAGGAAAACGCUUAAAGGUCACCUGGCCAAAAUCUAUGCCAUGCACUGGUCAGCUGACUCCAGGCAAAUGGUGAGCGCGUCGCAGGAUGGCAAACUUCUGGUGUGGGACACUUUCACAGGGAACAAGCUGGUGGCCGUCCCGCUCAAGUCGGCCUGGGUGAUGAGCGUGGCCUUUGCGCCCUCCGGAAACCUGGUGGCCAGCGGGGGUCUGGACAACAUGUGCACAGUCUACAACAUCAAGGCGGCCAGUCCCAAGACCCUGCGGGAACUGGACGCGCACACAGGCUACCUGUCCUGCUGCCGCUUCCUGAGUGACACGGAGAUCCUCACGGCCUCCGGCGACACCACCUGCUGCCUGUGGGACCUGGAGACGGGCAAGCAGAAAGUGGUGUUCACCAACCACAUCGGCGACUGCAUGUCUCUGGCGCUGUCCCCGGACAUGAACUUGUUCAUCUCGGGUGCCUGCGACUCGCUGGCCAAGCUUUGGGACGUCCGGGAAGGCGUCUGCAAGCAGACCUUCAUCGGACACACGAGCGACAUCAACGCCAUCGCUUUCUUCCAGAGCGGCAACGCCGUCAUCACGGGCUCGGACGACUGCACCUGCAAGAUGUACGACCUGCGCGCCGACCAGGAAGUGAUCGGCUACCAGGACAGCAGCCUGAAUGCCGGCGUCACGUCCCUGGCGCUCUCCAAUUCGGGUCGCCUGAUCUUCGCCGGCUACGAUGACUUCAAUUGCCACAUUUGGGAUUCUCUCAAGGGAGAGAAAGUCGGCGUCCUGUCCGGACACGACAACCGCGUGAGCUGCACCGGCGUUCCUGAGGAUGGGAUGGGCGUCUGCACGGGAUCGUGGGACAGUUUCCUCAAACUCUGGAACUGAGAGCCUCCGGGCCGGGAGAACCGUCGGGAGAUGGAAGAGAAAACAACUCCCCCCCCAAAAACACACACACACACACACACACACACACACAAACAGAAGGAUUCAUGUUGUUUUCAAGAGGUUUCAUCACGUACGUCCUCUCUCUCGCUCUCUUGUCUGGUCCUCAUCCAACUAUGCAAAAUCAAACGAAGAUGGUCAGGAAGGUAGCAAGAUGGCCACCAAGCAUCCGCCAGCAAUGAAGACAUGAUUAAAAGUCUAGCGUGCACUACACUACACUCCAAAUGUUUUUAAACACAUUAAAAUGAUUUGACAAUUUAAAAAAAAAAAGAAAAAAGAAGAAGAAAUGAUUGCUAAUGAACAAAGUGUAGGAAUGCAGAUGUGUUUUUAUGGUGACAGGUCACUAGACCUGCACUUGUAUGUAUAUAGUAUGUACUAGAUGCUUUUAUUUCUAAUUGAUUGUCAUCAUUCCCUGUUUGUUUGUUUUCCGGAGUGCACGUGAAGAAGUCAUCCUGGAGGCCCCUCCCCCUCCUCACUUGACUGUGCAGAUCCAUAUGUUGAUUGAUAAAUUUGACAUAAAAUGUACGCAGAUGAUCGAAGGCUCAAGUUGGGCCUGCUGUAAACCACCCGUAACUGCAUUUUCUAGUACUUUGACCCGUCCGUGCGCAGGUCUUCUGUAAAAACAAACUUUCUAAUAAAUGUAGAAUUCUGCAUGAA